AUGUCAAUGUAUGGUAAGGACAAAGCCUUCAUUGAGAAUGAAAAGAAAUUCCGACCGAGUCGAGACUACUUGAGUUCUCCCAUAUACAACGAAACCGUCUACCGACCACCUCCUCCGCUUAUUACCCAAAGCAAAGAGGUUGAAGUGAUCGAAACGGAGCAAGUGGAAUGCACACCAAAUAUGUGGGGUCAUCCGAUGGGACUUCUCAGAUGGUUCCAGUUGCUCAUGUUCUUUGUUCUACAAUGGCUUGUACAAAUAACUUGUGGUGGAGAUGCCUGCACAAUGAUAAUGAAUGUGUUCGGAUACACUGCUAUGGGACAGUUAUUCGUCCUUGUGAUCUUCCUUGGUCUCUCUAUUUUCUGUGGAAUUAUCUUGCUCGCAUUCGUUUUGAACGCUCAUCGUUGGAUCCCAUCUAUCAUCAUCUCAUUGGAGAAGGUAUACGCUAUCCUCGGAAUCAUCUUUAUGUUUAUUGCCGGAAUCUUGGGGACUUGGAUGGCAAUUUUGGCUAACGACCGGGAAGUGAAUUAUCAAGGACGCGGACGUGGGCACAUUCAGGGACAAUGGAUUGCUGCUGCGGUGCUUGAGUUCCUGAUGGUCAUCGUCUACGUUUUCGAUUUUAUUCUGCAACGUCGAGAAAAUUAUCCCUUCACUGGAAAGGAAUACAAAACCGUCCAAUCACGGCAAAUGGGACCGGGUUCGAUGCGUUCAACAACGACGAAUACUAAACGAUCAACGGAUUUCAUUUUCCAGGAAACUUUCUGA